AUGCGCAAAUGGUUUCUUUUCUUGACUUAUUCUGUUAUUGGGAUUUUUGCAAACACCGGAUGUGGCAAUGAUUACCCAAACAAUCAGAAUUUCGGAUAUCGAUUCGGGUACUCGACUUAUUAUCGACCAGGAUAUGCCAGAAACUUUAACAAUUCAGAAACUUGGAAAGCCACUUGCUAUCUGCUGAUGACUGAAGACAUCGGGAUCACUUUUUGGCACGCCGAAGGAAAAUGCAAUCAUUGGGCUAAGGACGGACAUCUUGCCUCAAUUCGUUCAGAAGAAGAAAACAAACUCGUCACGGACCUUGCUGCAAAGAAAAAUAUUGAUAAAGAGCAGCCAUGGAUCGGUGGAAUGAUAUCAGAAGUAGUCGGCGGCUGGGCCUGGACCGAUUUUGAUCCGUUUGCGGAUUUCGCGGGUUACCUAACCAAUGUCCCCGCUGGUCAAGGUCUAAAUUGCCUUCAAUUAUCGAGCAACAACAACAACUCUCCAGCUGAUUUUAAGUUGGGAAAAUGGAUUGCAAAGAACUGUGAAACAACGUCGAAAGUUUUCGUCUGCAAAAAGCCACUCAUG